AUGGCCACUGCUAUGCAUGACGACGAAUACCGCUCCAUGCCCCCUACCGGGGGCGAAGGCUGUCGCCCUCCUGGCGACCACCUUGAGACAGGCCGAGCUGUCGACCCCCACUCGUCCGUGGAGGACUACAGCCGAGUCAUGCUCGAAUACACCCAACGCCGGAUGGCGGAUUUCACCGACCUAGACGACGAAAAGGGAUCCAGCCGGAGCAGCCGCAGCAGCCAAACCAGCGGCAAUAGCGGCAGCUCGACCAGCGGCAUGCUUGCCCGUCAAGCUGCCGGCGCGACUAGUGCGGCUCACGAUAGCUCCGAAUCUACCAGACGCAAGUCCGGCGUGAACUCGGCCGACCUGUCCUUCUGA